UUGAAUAUGAACGUCAACGAAAACGUGAGCUUGAUACUACUACAAGCGCCAUCGCCUCUCACCUUCGUAUUUCGGAAUGAGAGUGCAUUCGGUGACAAUGGUACUAAUGCGAUGGCGCCGCGUAUUAGCUCAGAGAUUCCCAUUUGGCUGAUACCCUGCUAUUGCGUAAUCUUCUUUUUUGCCAUUUUCGGUAAUCUGCUCGUGAUUUCAACGCUCGUACAAAAUCGCCGUAUGCGCAAUGUGACUAAUGUCUUCCUGUUGAAUCUCGCUAUAUCCGAUAUUCUGCUGGGUGUGCUAUGUAUGCCUGUAACAUUGGUCGGCACACUGCUGCGUCACUUCAUCUUCGGAGAAUUCUUUUGCAAACUUAUACAAUUUUCUCAAGCUGCGUCGGUGGCCGUUUCAUCCUGGACUUUGGUUGCGAUAUCUUGCGAACGUUAUUACGCCAUUUGCCAUCCGUUACGCUCAAGGACAUGGCAAACGAUUAAUCAUGCCUACCGAAUUAUUGGAUUCAUUUGGUUCGGCAGCAUCAUUUGCAUGACUCCGAUUGCAUUGUUUAGUCAAUUAAUUCCAACCAGUCGGCAAGGCUUACGCAAAUGUCGCGACCAAUGGCCGGAGGACACCAUUGCGUAUGAGCGGUUUUAUAAUAUAUUCUUAGACUUAACAUUGCUGGUGCUGCCACUAUUUGUGCUAUGUGUUGCAUAUUUUCUCAUUACGCGCACUCUGUAUGUGGGUAUGCGUGCCGAACGCGCUUUAGUCUUUGGUGGCAAUUCCACCAGCGGCAGCACGACAGCCAAGCAGCACGAUUACAGUUCAUUAGGGGCAAUUGCUAUAGUCACUAAGAACACAGCAGCCACGCCAUCGGACACACUGCGGUCACCGUUUUUAAGAAGAUUUAAUUGGAAGAUGUCACUUCGCUGUCAUAGCAGUCAAGCCAACCAUAGAAGCUACGGAAUUAGGAGUGGUGACCAAGAUGUUGUUGCUGGAGAACAGAGUGGCACAAGGUAUCACCAACAGCAGCAGCAUCGCCCGCUACAACAAAAAAACCAACUGAAGCACUACGGUGUAUCGUGA